AUGACGCCGUCCAGUGAGGAUUCAGAUUGUACCCAAAUGUGCAGUGAGAAGUCCGCAUGUCAAAUACGAGUACCUCAGUGUAAUGACGAUACCGAUGACGAUGGAAGCGGAAUUGUUACCUCCCCCGAAAACGGAAACCCAUCAACUGGUGCGUUAACGACCUCCAAAGCUACCACAACUACAGAUACAAAUGGGUCACAUAAUGGGCAACCACGGUUGAUCGGCAUCGGGAUUGGCAUUGUCAUCCUUGUAUUGCUCACAAUUGCCAUUCUCGUCGUCUUGUGCCAAGGUCAGCGGCGAGAGAGAUCACACGUUCACGGUGUUAACUGGGACGACCCGGGUUACAUGGGAGUUGAGGUUAAAGGACGACCCCUGCAGCGCCAAGGUGAUGUCACAGAUCAUGUCCGAACAGAACAUGGUUUUAACAAUCAGACGUACGAGGAUGAGAUUGCAGUGGGGAUUCGCGGAGGGAGCAACCGUACCAUCACUCCUGUGGUGCCCCCUGUACCUGCCUCUCCCGAUGGGGUACCUUUAACGCCAGAGGGCUACGUGGACUACAACCCAAAGUCUGGGGAGACUUCACGCACGGCCAGCAGCGGCGGACUGAAGUACAAAGAGCGCCCGUUACCGGUACCUGGCUCCCAUGAAGUAACAUACGAGGAUAUCAAAGACCUGGUCCCUACAGGACUUGGUAGUUCCUCAGCUCAGUUGAAAACCUCCUCAAUACCCUCGGGUCAUAAUACUCCGGUCCAAAUAUCUGUCGACCGAAGUAGAUCAACAGGAUACGUGGAUGUAGACUGUCCAGACCCUGUGUUUGUCGACCGAAGUAGAUCAACAGGAUACGUGGAUGUAGACUGUCCAGACCCUGUGUUUGAAGCUACUCUUGGUUCGGACGGAAAGGACCCAUGCUCAGUUGCCGAAACUACACCCAACGAGAAAAUAACUGUUGAUCGAAGUAAAUCGACAGGAUAUGUGGAUGUCGACUAUCCAGAUCCUGUGUUUGCCACUACUCAUGGCUCGGACGACACAUGCUCAGUCAGCAAAAUCACAUCCACCGAGAAAGCAUCUGUCGACCGAAGUAGAUCGACAGGAUAUGUGGAUUUUGACAGUCCAGACCCAGUGUUCGAAACUACUCGUAGCUCAGACGGGAAUGAGCCAUGCCCAGUUGCCGAAACCACACCCACUGAGAAAGCAUUUGUCGACCGAAGAAGAUCGACAGGAUAUGUGGAUUUCGACACUCCAGACCCAGUUUUUGAAACUACUCGUAGCUCAGACGGGAAUGAGCCAUGCUCUGUCAAUGAAACCACACCAGACGAGAAGUGUGAUGGUCACGUGACCGAAGCAACACCCAUUUACUUUAAUAUCUUGGAGCAGCCUCCCAUUGAACCUGAGUUUAUAACUGACUCUGAAAAGCCCGCACAGCACAGUGAUGGUGCCCCGGGUCGUGAUGGCCCCGGGGAUCCGUUUGAGGUUGGUACCGAAGCUGAUGUGAUGUCACAUGAUGGUGAAACAGCGCCCUCACCCGGGGCCGGGUUGACCGAGCCACUGCAGAUGGGGAAAAGACAGACUAGGUCCAUGACGUCACCAUACAGCAAGUUGGACCGGGGUCCCCUAUGGCGAAAAGUUACUAAAUAAAGCUUAUUUUGUUGUUGUCGUCGUCGUCGUCGUCGUCGUCGUCGUCGUC